AUGGCAUUUUUCCAAUUGGUUCUGAAAGCCAAUAAAUUAGAAAAACUGAGGCAAAGUUACGAGGACGAAAAACUGACAUCAAUCGAGAUUUCGAAGGGUGUUAUCAAGCCUGUAUAUACCUUAAAACAACGAAUUCGUCGACGAAAAAUAUGGUUUAAGAGAAAGGUUAAACACGUCUGCAGUAAAAUCUUUGCUGUUCCAAAAGAUUCUUGGGCGCACAGAAAGAUCGUUGCAAUUCGUACCGAUGGCACAUUGGAAAAUUACGUAGUGAAAAGCUUUGCAGGAUUCGUUGGUGGAAUAAUCUUGACGUACAUAUUCUUCAUAUUUUUCGUUUUUCAAUUGAAUUUUAAACUAUCGACCGCGACGUUUGUCUGCGCGGUAAUCGGAGUAAUUCUCACUUUGGGUCUUGCGUUUUCUUUCCAAAUUCGAUGCAUCGUGUUUCUACUCUUGCCACAACUUUUUUCGAAACGGGGAAGGCAAGCUCUGAUGGCGUACGCGUUUAUUUUAGCUUUAACAGGACCGGUGAAGAAUACUUUGCACAACACCGGUAUACUCUCAGAAUCAUUGGCCUGUGCACAAGAACAGCUGAAAGAAGCGGUGAAGACCGUCGUAGAUCUAGCGAAGCAACCGUUUUAUGCUUUACGAGAUGCAAUAUCGAAAGUCAUAAAGACGAUCAAGGCAGUCGUGAAAAAGAUCAAGCAGACUCUAAUCGCGAUUAAGAGAGUCGUUCUUAGCAUACUCAGAGUUAUCACUUCGGUAUUCCAAUGGUUGGCAAGUGUCAUAAAUAUAUGCAACAAGAAAUUGGGCACACCUUUCGACAGGUGUCAGGCCGUUUUCGAGGGAGCGGUGGCAGACUGUAAAGCAAAGUUGGGUCCAAUUUUCGGAUUAGUUUGCAACAUAACGUACGUGGUCAGCACUCUGUGUUACAUAGUGAAGCCGCUAGACUUCAUUUGCAUGCUUGUUUCUUAUAUCGCCGACACCGUGGUUGGCGUUGUAAAGCGUAAGGUUAAGAAGUUCACGAUGCACAUGAAAGCGAUGUUCUACGUUAAGGUCAAGUUCUCCCAUUCGUUUCACUUCGAAACGAACCAAAGCAAGACGAUAGGAGAUGUGUCCUCGAAUAUUGCCGCAGAAAUACGUUCGAGAACAGACACAUUAUUUGGGUUCUUCGAUUUCAUGAAUUUCGUCACGUCCUUUUUCAUAUUCUUUAUCAUACUCAGAGUACUGCGUUAUCGUUACAAGUGGCUAACCAGUGAGCGUUACGACAAUCGAUAUAUAACCAAUGAUCUACGUACCAUCGAUUUGAUAAGGGCACGUCAAGACAAAGAGACAGUUUUGCCAUUAAAUAUACGAGAACGAAAUAGAUACGUGCCAAUUACUUCCAUCAGACUAAUAAAAUCCGAAAGGACUAAAUUAGCAAAAUCUAUAGUGUUUCUAAGCUUGGCCACGAUUCAACUUAUCAUGUACGUAUCGGCGGACUAUUGUCUCUAUUGGAUAUUGAACACCAUUCAACUCUAUGGACGAUUUCAAAGCAAGGUCGAACGGCCAAGCGUGGUAACCAUUCACGUAUCAGGCAAAGGCUAUUUAGCUGAUCUUUAUAAGAGUAUCGUAAAAGCGUUCACACCACGCGGGAGGGAAGCAGAAAUCGACACGAUGCUUUGUCUUCCGAAUCCUAUAACUCCUGAUCUCGACAAAUACAUACAAAUUCUCAUUUUGAUCUUUCUCUGCUGGCUGAUAGCGUUCUUCGAACCUUAUGGUUUACGAAUGAGACAGAUCGUUAUGUGCCAGUAUUACCCCGAGAGAGCGAAACAAAGAGCAGCUUGGUUGUACAAUCACAUCAUCAGAUCAAGGGGCAGUUUUUUAAAGUUUGCUAGACGUCAAUUACGCCGAAAAUUCGGCUUAACCGAGGGGGAAGAGAUCGAGAAAGUGACUUUAAAAGAGAAACUGUGGGCAACGUUUCCGCUAUUGAACACAUUUUUCCCACUGAAGCAGAAAGCGUGCCUUCUGUGCGGCGCAGUCGAACGUGCCGAACAGUUGCUUGUCAAAUGCCCAACUCCCGAUUGCGUUGGUUUAUAUUGUACGCAAUGUUUCGUGGAUUUGCAGAAUUUGUGCACCAUUUGUCGCUCACCGAUGGACUACGGUGACCUGUCCGACAUGAGCGAAGAAAAAGAUUCUUCGGAAGAUCAGUUUGAAAUACCGAGAAGAACAAUACUUGAAAAAGAUAUUAUGGUUGAUGAGGAAACGGUAGAAGAAGAAUAUGAGGAGGAAUACGAAGACGAAGAUACAGUAAGAGAAAGAUAUGAAGACGUAUUAGAGGAAGAAUGUAUAGACGAAGAAAUCGUGGAAGAAGAAGAUGAAGAUGAAGAGAUACUGAGCGAGGAAGAAGAAAAAGAAAAAAUAGCAGAAAAGAAAGAAAGGAAAAUAGUGGAAGACGACAUCACUGUACAAAUAGAUGAUAAAUGCCUGGAAGAUUUCGAUCAGAGUACCGAGUACAGUUACACUUAUCAAGAUGAAUCUCCAGAAGAAAUCGAAAUUGUGAAAGUGAAAAAACGAUUCAAAGAUGUGGAAGCACAAAAAAUUCGAGACGAUGUAACGAUCCAAAUAUUCAACCAGCCGUUUGUAAAAGAACCAAUCUGCACUAGCGAAUCGCCGACUUCCGGCUUCGUCGUAAGAGCACGUAGGAAAGUUCGUGCCAAAUUAAAAAAACGACCAACUGCCAGGGUGAGAGAUACGGAUUCAUCAAGUUCGAUCGCCGACACGGAAUUCUGGCCGAGCGAGGAAGUCGACGAGGAAGAAGUAAUACACAUAGAAAUAGACGACGGCUCGGAAGAAUUACUCCCGAAGGAUAGAGAGGAUAAGAGGAAACUAGGUCGUAUAAACAGAAUCGUCGGUGCAGUUGCGAGAAUUCCUUGGCUCGGUAAAGGAGAAGAUGACAAGAAGACAUGCAAAGGAUUGCAAAAGAAACGUCCAUCGCUUAUGGAUACAAUUGUCGGUAUGCUUCACAGAAAACAAUCAAAGCCAACGCAAUUAUAUAGAAAAAUCAGAAAGACGAAGGAUUCUUCGUUCUCCUCUUCAUCUUCAACGAACGAUGAGACCGAAAGCUUGCUAAGAGUGCAAGACAGGGACACUGAUAGAACAUAUUUCGCCAGAAGUAGAAAGACAUCAACGGAAGAUAAUUCUGAUGAAACUCUAACUAGAAGAAUAUCGUACGAAAAGAAAUUCGAGACGAAACGAUUACCAAGGCAUUUAGAAUCUGCUGUGAGAAACACCGCUUACUUCGAGGUAGACGAGACUACCGAUUCACGAUUAGGAAAAUGUGUUCAAGUAGAGAAUAUCAAUGAAUCGUCAGACAUAAAAGUGCCAGCAGGAGUUAAAUAUAGAGAUACGUGGAGCAUGACGGAAAACGAUGAAUCAACUCCUGAUCAUUCAGAGAUGGCGAGACGAAGAUUCAAAAUGCCUAUGGUAAAAAGAUAUUUGCCUAUGUAUCAGAGUCCAGAACUGAUCGAAGAAUUGAAAAGACACGAUCGAAUGAGAUUAAUUCAAGAAAGAGAAGCUAAAAGACAUAGAAGUAAAAGUCCUUGUCCAUCUUCGGAUUCUAUCUCGACGGACAUUAAAAAGAAAGAUCGAAGAAUCGAUCGUUCUUCUGCAGCUGGCCCUUCGUUCAAACCAAAUAGACAAGGUGAAAGACUUCCAUAUCAAGAAUCGAAAGCAUAUAAAAAUGUCUUGCGCGAAUUUCGAAAAAGGACCGUACGUCAAGAAAGCAGUGUGCCAUUAAUAUGCUUGUCUCAGGAGGCGGACAAAAGUAAAAAAGUAAAGCAACUUUAUCCACUGCAAAGUCAAGCUCGACGAAAGUCGACCGCGAUAAGAAAACUGGCUCGUAAAAUAGUAGCGCCACUCAAGCCAUCUAAAUGUAAAAAGCACAAAUGCAAAACACCCAGAGAAGAUACGAAGUCCGAAGAAAUGGAAACUACGUGUUAUGAUCGCUUAUGUGAUCCAGAAGUUUUGAGCGAGGCAUCCUCUACUUGUAGUUGUGUUGGAAAAACACGUAAAUUUAGUACUUCAACAUCCGAUGAUGAAACAGGUGAUAAUAACGAGUCGAUUCAAUAGGUAAAACUGCAUGAAC